AAGCUGCUGAAGUUUGAUUUGCUCUUUGAAGACUCACCAUAUCGCACUGUUGAUGCAUGGAGCUGCAGGGCUGGACUGGCUCGCUUCAGUGGACAGUUGUGGCGGGGUUCUGUGACCCAGCCUCCCUCUCAUGUUACGGCCCUAUUUAUAACAUCUCCCACCCCUCCUUCAGUCCCAGCCCAUUGCCCAAAAGCCCGGCCACUGUUAGGAAGCACCUUUCCCUCUCAGCUGGGCCGCAGUCUGCGCUAGACUGUCAACUGAGAUCCAGCUCUCAUCAUCAUCAGUUGCGCUGCCUGGCAACUCUCGAUCGCAACGUGCAUGGGAUUAUCACACACACACACACACACACACACACACACACGUGUACAGACACACUUUUUCCUUUUCCUUCAUUUUCGUCUUUUUUUAAGGAGACACUGUUUGAAGUGAGACGCAACAGAGUGUUUUGUGUUUCUGCCGUUUGGGAAGUUUUCUUGUUGUGGUUUUUGUUCCACUUGCGGCUGGUUUGGUGCAUGCGAUGGAUCACACGCUGUUCGGCUGUUUGCGCAGCCCUCACGCCCCUCCGCAGGCCCUGCACCCCGCCUUCACCCUUCACGGACGCUCCGAGCACCUCUCCUCGUACUCUGACCUCUCCACCUCCUCUCCUUCUUCUACCUGCAUCGUGAGCGGUUACCCAGGUGAGGAUGGGGGACUGUUUGGGGGACACGGGCACCAGAGAGGGCCACCCAUGUCCCAGCAGCAUCAUCAUCAUGUACCCCAACCGCAGCAGACUGGAUGGCACAUACCGCAGACGGCCAGCGCCUUUCCAGCCAGCACCCGUCUAGGACUGGGCAUCUCUGCCCCUGAUUCAGGAUCUUCAAAUAUGGGCCCGGGGGGCCCCAGCCUCUGCGCAAGCACACCGAGCCUCGGAGGAGGGGUGCCCUCAGGUGCCUCCUGUGUUCCCGGAGGGGAUUUCGGACGUCAUACGAUGUCUCCAGCCGAGGCGGAGAAAAGGAAUAGCAAACGAAGAAGUGACAGCUCUGAGUCCCAAGAUGGGAAUUACAAAUCGGAUGUGAGCAGCAAGCCAAGGAAGGAGCGGACGGCGUUCACCAAAGAGCAGAUUCGAGAACUGGAGGCAGAAUUCGCCCAUCACAACUAUUUGACCAGACUGAGGCGGUACGAAAUCGCCGUAAACCUGGAUCUCACGGAAAGGCAGGUAAAAGUGUGGUUUCAGAACAGACGGAUGAAGUGGAAGAGAGUUAAAGGAGGCCAACUGGGGGCGGUAGCAAGAGAAAAAGAGCUUGUGAAUGUGAAGAAGGGAACGCUGCUUCCCUUCGAGUUUUCGGGAAUUCCUGGACUCCACCAUACACCGGACACGCUUAUCAACAAUGAGGACAGCCACGACAGCGACCAGAGCUCUGAGCACGCUCACUUAUGAUACAAACAGAUCCCAUUCGCCUUUCGAUGCUUAUCUAGGGUCAUGUUCAGUUAGGGAUUAUGUUAAGUACGGACUGAAAGUACGGACUGAAAGUACAGACUGAAAGUACACAAAGACCAUAUGUGCCAAUGAGGAGGCACCGUAACACGACGCCUAUCAGGACAGUUCCUGUGACGCCUCAAGAGUAGUGACAAUGUAAAAAUGUACACAGGACUGAUGUAUUGUUGUGCAUUUGGAUGAUACAGAAUAUCUGUGAUACCCUGGCAUCAAUUUUCACAAAAAAAAGGUGCCUUGCUUGUUUGACAGAAUUUGUUAACAUGUUUGAAAGGUGCUGUAAGUCAUUUUAAAAUCCUGCCUGUCAGCAAAGCCGAAUAGCAUCCCAGAUUUGUUGCUGUUUACAGAGCCUAGGGACUUCUGUCAGGUCGCAUGGAUAUUUUCUGCAUGCUAUUCCAUAAAAUAAUCACUUACAGCACCUUUAAAGUACCCUUCUACUGCUCUUUACUUGAAAGACAGAAUCUAGCAGUCCAAUCUGGCCCAACAACAUUCCAUUCAGAUCUUGCACUGAAAAGGUGUAAGUUUUAGUUUGCACUGUCAAUUUCUGCGCCUUAAUUGAUUUCUACUGUAUGUUUUUGUACUAUGUUGAUGUCAUCGGAAUAAUGAUCAAUCAAGCGUGCCUUCAAAAACAUUUCAGAUGAUCUUAUGUCAUGUAAAUAUAAUAAGUAUUCAUAUUUUUCAAAAAUCUGAUAGCUGUAUCAUGUGCACACA